UUUAAAAUUCACUGUCACACACACAAGUUUCAAUAUUAUAAGUUCAAUUUUUUUCAGACAACAUAAUGGACUUCAGAAACAAAGGUUCGUCAAUUCACAGAAGAUCUUCACUAUCUCGAAGAUUAUCCACAACAAAAGAAAGAAUUAUUCAGUCGAAUAUUUAUUCUCCAAUCAGCAUGCAAGAUGAUCUUUACAAGCUUGAGUUAAACGCCGAACAAUUUGAAGAUUUCUCUUUUUUCAAAAAUGCUAUCAAGGAUAAUUUGAAGAAGCAUGCACCUCUUCAAAGUAUCUACAUUAAUCCCACAUAUUUGAAAGAAACAUGUCUCGACAUAGCCAGCAAAAAUGGUUUAACGGAGUUCGUGAAUUUUCUGUUGCGUAAUGGCGCAAAUCCCAAUAAAAUAAACGACGCGCAACAUCGCGCUCCUAUUCAUUUCGCUACCGAAGGUGGACACGCAGACACGUUAGAAGCUUUAUUUCAGCAUCCGAAGAUAAAUCCGAAUCUACAAGUUGAAGGCCGAACUGCCUUGCACAUCGCAGUGGAGAAUAUCGAUCUGAAGUGUGCCCGUCUGUUACUCGAAAGAGGGGCUGGUGCCAAUAUUCCCGAUAGCGAAGGUCGUACUGCUCUCCAGCUGGCAACAACGACGAACCAAUGGGAUAUGGUAGCGUUGAUAGUACAGAAAUGUCUACAAUUUCUGAAUUUGGACGAAUAUAAAGCAAACGGUGAUCAAACGUUACGAGAAGUGAUUCAACAGACAAGGCCGGAACUAGCAUUGCCACCGAUACCUGAAGAUACGCAAGAGGUACUCUUGCAAGAUCUCAAGAACUACUUGAGCGUCAAUGAUGAGGACAAUUUUAUGAAAAAUAUAAUACUCCUCCGCAAAGAAUUUCCUCACGAGAUGGUCGAGGAUUUAUUAAAAAUAGCAGCAGAACGUGAUUUUCACAAAGCUGUUAGGGCAAUUAAAAAGCAAUAUACAAAGAAGUCCUAUAGAAGCACGUUCAUAUUAUCGGAAGCCAUAAGCAUAGCUUUUCGCGGGGGUUAUUGUGAUACUCUUCGUGAAUUAUUGGACAUUGGAUCAUUGAAGCCUGACGUAGCCAACGAUUUAAUUUUAAGUGCCUGCACGAAGUUAAAAAUACUGAAAUUCGAUGCUGCAUCCAAUCAUCUCGAAUGUCUGAAGUUAAUUUUGGAGACGAGAGGAGUAAGUGUCCGUUUCCCUGACAGUCAAGGCAAUACGCCGUUGCAUUAUGCAGCUAGAGAAGGUUGUCGCGAAGCGAUAACUCUGUUUCUCAAACAUGGCAGUUGCAUCGGUUACAUGAAUAGAUUCAAUGAACCACCGAUAGCACAAAUUCCGACGAAUAUGCUAUUGGAGCACUUUGACAACUGUGUGCGGCUUAAAGAUAAGUCUGAGUUAGAGUUUGAUUAUCGCUGUCUGAUGCCACACGAAACUGGUACAAUGACUUGCGAAAUGGAAACAUUUAUGUAUAUUACUCGUGAGGAAAAUCUCAAACAUCUGCUAAAACAUCCGUUACUCUCGUCUUUUCUUUAUAUCAAAUGGUAUAGAAUACGGUAUUUUUUGUAUGCGAAUUUCUUUUUUUAUUUUAUUUUUUAUUUAUUGUUAAAUACCUACAUCCUGUGUAUGACUUACGACACGCGAAAGGAAAAUAGAACGCAAAUUGGUAACAAUAGCUCUCAUGUGGUUACGGAAAAUAGCGUGAAAACCGCUUGUCACCAGGACAGCCUUUUCUGGGCUUUCAUAAUGAUGCUAUCGCUCUUUAUUUUUCGGGAGAUCCUCCAGUUGGCUUUCUGUCCUCGGCGCUAUCUCACGGACUUGAGAAACUGGUUGCAGAUCAUGUUAAUCACAUUAAUCUUUAUUGUGCUAUAUAAUGCGAGUAUCGAGAUCGGAACUAUGGUGAUCUUACUGUCCGCCUGGGAGCUAGUAAUCCUGAUCGGUCAUCAUCCGCGCAUGUCUAUCGGCGUCGAGAUGUUCCGAACGGUCUCCUUCAAUUUCGUACGCUUUCUUUCCCCAUACUUGUUUCUGAUCUUCGCAUUUGCCUUGAUUUUUUACACGUUCUUCAACGAGGACACACAUUUCUCCAAUAUCGCUCGCGCGUUCUUCCAAACCAUUAUUAUGUCAACUAGCGAGUUUAACGCCGAUAAUAUUCCAUUCCUUUCGCAUCCCGUUUGGAGUCGCUUCGCUUUCGUGCUAUUUAUUUUUCUCAUCCCCAUCGUGUUGCUUAAUUUGCUUAACGGCUUGGCAGUCAGUGAUAUCACCGAGAUCUUGAGCACGGCUGAGUUGGUUGGUCUUAUC